AUGUUUCCUUCGUCCGACAACUCCUUCUCAGCGUCAACGCUUUUCUCAGCGUACGCAUCCCUUACCGGAUUCCUGAUGCUCUUCCGAUCAGUGCUAAACGACUUCGUCCCGGAGCAGCUCCGAUCCUACUUCUCCCGCUUACUCGACCGGUUCUUCACCCCAAAAUCAAAGUACCUGACGGUUACCAUCGACGAGAACUUCAAAUACAAAAUGAACCAAGUCUUCGAGGCGGCGGAGAUGUACCUCCGCAACAAGAUCGGUCCAGAGACGGAGCGGUUACGCGUCGGCAAAACCCCGAAGCAAAACCACUUCACCGUCACGAUCGAGAAAGGAGAAGCGAUCUUGGAUACGUUCGAGAACUCCGACGUGAAAUGGCGCUACGUUCAGACGGAGAACGAUAAAGGUGACAAAGUGAAACGGUACUACGAGCUCACGUUCGAGAAGAAGCUUAGAGAGAAAUUCAUGGGCCCUUAUUUGGGCCACGUUGUUGCGACCUCAGAAGAGAUCAAGAAGAGUCUGAGAGUGGUGAAGCUUUAUAGCCAAGAUGUGGACGAGAGUGAUGACGACGAUGGUUCUGCUGGUGGGAGUUGGGGUUGUAUCAGUCUCGAGCAUCCUUCGACGUUCGAAACCUUGGCGAUGGAUCCAAGUGCGAAGAAGAAGAUAAUCGAUGACCUGGAGAGGUUUCUUAAGAGGAAAGAGUUUUACAAGAGAGUUGGUAAGGCAUGGAAACGAGGUUACUUGUUGUAUGGGCCACCCGGUACCGGUAAAUCUAGCUUGAUAGCAGCGAUGGCUAACUACCUAAAGUUUGACGUGUUUGAUCUUGAUCUUAGUAGCAUUUAUGACAAUGCUGGACUGAAGAGGGUUUUGUUAUCCACCACGAAUCGUUCGAUUUUGGUGAUUGAGGAUAUUGAUUGCAAUGCUGAGGUUGGAGACAGGAAAUUUGAGAAACAAAAAGAUGAAAAGGAUUAUCGAAGGGUGAGAUCUUUUGUGAAUGUUUUGUCUUUAGUUUCGAAAUGUACUUAUUGUGGUAUUGUAUUUGUGCAGGUGACGUUAUCCGGGGUUCUGAAUCUUAUUGAUGGGCUAUGGUCGAGUUUUGGGGAUGAGAGAAUCAUUGUGUUCACGACUAAUCACAAAGAACGGCUUGAUCCUGCGUUGUUGCGUCCAGGAAGAAUGGAUAUGCAUAUCCAUAUGUCGUAUUGUACUGGUUCGGGAUUUAGGGUAUUGGUUUCUAAUUACCUUGGUUUAGAUGGCUUGAACCAUCCUCUAUGUGAAGAAAUCGAGAAGUUGAUAGAUUCUACGGAGGUUACUCCUGCUGAGUUAGCUGAGGAGUUGAUGCAAGAGGAUGAUACUGAUGUUGUUCUUCGUGGAGUAGUUAGCUUUGUUGAGAAGAGGAAGGUCGAGAGAAGCAAGGCCAAAGAAGAUGACAAUAAACAGAGUGAUUCUGGGACUGGUCAGAAGAAGAAGAAAAGUGGUAAACGAAAAGGGAAAGGGACAUGA